CUGCUGGCAACUUUCUCAACCAAUAACCUCCUCCACCGAAGAGUCUUGGCGAAAUAAUGCACAACAUUUGGACUCAGAAGUCGAGUAAGAAACCUUUAAAAUGAAAUCGUGUACCCUUUUUGUGCUCAGUUUCAAACAUGCGCUCAUGCUGUCCGGCCAAUUGCAAUCCGGAAGGAGGACUUUUUCUUCAUGUGUGGAAAAUGGAAAAUAUAAAUAGCUCUCGGAGUAAACAUUGAACUUUUUCCAAAAACAGAAAUAUCCAGAAAUAUCUAUGGCCAUCCGAUUUCUUUCUAGUAUAUUUAUUUUUAGUGUUUUUAGUUUCGUGUUCUUUCGAGGCUGCAUAGCUGCUGAAAUUCGGAGACUUUCAGUUCCUCGUUACUUACAGAAUGGGACAAGAGACGCGAUAGUCAUGGAUUGUGAUUACGUUUACAAUGAAAAUGAUUUGAGACUUGUUGUCAAAUGGUUUUUUGAAGACAGUUUGGAACCAUUUUAUCAGUGGAUUCCAGAACUAAAAUUGAAGACCACUUCCGAAUUUUUUAAGAAUAGACUAGAUUUGAAUUACUCUGUAAAUACAAUGGACGAUUAUUCGAAAUUUAGAGCAUUAAGAAUAAAAAGACCUUCGACUGAUCUUAGUGGAAAAUACACAUGUUUAGUUACAUCUCUGGCAGGACAGGAUUCGAGAGAACAAACAAUGACCAUUUAUGUUCCAGCCCAUGGAUUUGAACUGACUUACCUGGAGACUCGUUAUAAUACCGUGAAUGUUUCUUGUGAAGUGCUGGGUGUGUUUCCAUUUCCAAAUCUAAAGCUUUAUCUCAGGCCUUUCAGUGGAAGCCCACCUCAAAUUGUGACAGAUGUUAAAUAUUUAUCUUUCAAAAGACCUUCUGGUUCCUAUGAUGUGCAGAUGAAAAGGACGUUUAAAGUUUCAGAACUAUCUUCAAAGAGUGCCACUGUGUUUGAGUGCAAAUUAGAGCUGCCAGGAACUAAUUACGCGCAAUCUAAAAGUAUAGCAUACUAUCCAGGAAUACAAGGUCCUCGGAUAGGUGCACCUCACGAGCUGUCUUCUUUAUCUACGUGUAUUCAAGCAGGAAGCUUUUUCUACUUAACAACUUUAAUUGUAUGGAUCAUCAAAUCAUACACAUUUCUGAAUUAGUUGUUUGCUUAUUGCUCAACUGAAACAGUUCAAAUUUUUUCAAGGCUGUUCACAAUCAUGCUCUUUGAUCAAUGUCAAGUGAUAUUUCAUCUAGUUGUUAUUUUAAAAUGCUUCCAAUUUUUUGAACUCUCUAAGAGUCUAACUAUUCAUCUUUUUGCAAUUCCAUCGAUGUACUUAAAUGUCUAUCACUAUACCAACCACUAUUAAAAAUUAAAAAUAAUAUAUAAAUAUUAUUCAUCAUUAUUAACGAAAAAUUAC